GCCAGCGCUUGAAUUUAUGUACAACGUCUGAAUGAUGUUUGAAGGAGCAACAUUUUUUUGUUUUUGAUAGAAAAACACAGAACAAAAUGAGUUUUUCUGUCAUUGGGACACCAACACCUAGAUAUGACCGACAACCAAGUGGACGACCAGGCAGCGCAAGACCUUCGGCAUCCCGGAAUCCAAUCACUGGUGAAGAAGUCCCAGUGAGAGCACCAUCUAGGGCCACAGAAAAACCAGACAAACAUGUAUACAAGCCACAAGGAAUUCCAGGACUUGAUUUGAAGUACCUUAAAGAAACAGAAGACUAUGUAUAUAAACCUAUAGAAAUUGCUGACUACCCACUCAAUUCCCCUGGUGACUCUGCACGGACAGAUGUCAGCUGGGGAACAGCAGCAUCCACUGCUCGAAGUUACAGACAGCCUAGUGCGAGGAGUGCAAGGUCUAGCCGCCCAGUAGGUAUGCCUGGACUGGCACUGGGUGAUGAGGAAGGUCCAUCACCAUACACAAACUCCCAGAAACCAACCACACCCAGACCAAAACAGCCAACAGCUUGGGAUGCCCCUCCAGUUCCUGACCCUGACAAUUGUCCCCCACCAUCAGAACGACACAGGAAGAUGUAUAAAGACUAUGAGGAUGAUAUGAAGGCAGCCUAUAGAAAUAAAGGCAAAAAUGAAUACACUGAGGAAGAAAUACAAAAAGUGAUUGAAGAAGUAAAAGAAAAACAUCCGACCCUUGAUGUGAAUAGAGAAGAUAUUGUAGAAAAAAGUUGGACCAAAAGACAGACCCACGCCACUAACCAGUAUCUCAAGAAAAUGGAGGCUGAAGAGCUGUUAGAACAUAACAAGAAACUGAAGCUGGUUGAGACAGUGAUGGUAGAUCAACUUUCACGUGCUGUAAUCAGUGACCCAGAUCAGAAUGUAAGAGCACAGAUGUCGGCAGGUCGUAGACCAAGAGGGAGUAACAGAUCUCUGCAUGAUUCAAAAGUACGCACAGCUGCCACAGCGACAGAAAAUUUACUGUCAAAGAGAGUGAGAUUUGGAGCAAGGGUUCUUACAAGGAAUGGCCAUGAUGCAAUUAGAGAGCUUACUGGAUUUUUCUUCAGUGUAGAUAACACAUUGACCAUAUAUGAGUUCAGACAGUUUGGGAAAAGUGCCAAAGCAUUGCCAUUUAUCAGUCGUGGUAGAUUUUGUCAUCUGAGAGGUCCUAGAGAGGGAGAACCUUACACCUUGAUUGACAUUUGCUCAGGCCACAACAUCCACAUACAAACAUCAAGUCAACACUCCUUGCCCGCAACAUUACAGAAAGUUCCAGAGGUCACAUUUAGAAUCACAGAUGUUGAUGAAGACGAGAAAAGACAAAUUCUUUUGGAUGGUAUACCAGUACAUGAAAGGGAAGAUGUCUAUACCAGACUUCAUAUCCCAAACAAGCAAGAAUAUACAGAGAAAAUGGUGCUCAAAAGUAUAAACAGUAAUGUACAAAAGAAGAUAAGAAAACGUGCCAUAAGAACUAUAACUGGUCUGGGUAGGUUCUACAGAAAGGCUGAUAGCUCGGGUACAGGUGUACUGUACAGGUUUGAGCUGGAGAAAGGAUUGUUUGACUUUCACAUUGAUAUGCCCCCUGAGACUCUAGAUGCAUUGUUUGAGAUUCUAGAUGUUGAGGAGAAAGGAGAACUAGAUUACAGUAGAUACAUGUGGGCUGUUAUAGGAAAUAUGAUUGAAGCACGCAAAUCUCUUGUUAGAAAGGCAUUCAGGAAGAUUGAUACAGGCAAAAAGGGAUAUCUCACCCUGAGUGAUAUACAGAAAUUCUUCAACUCAACAUUUAGACCAAACAGAGAUCCACAUGACACUGGAGAGGUUGGUCCGCUACAAGCUUUCCUGGAUGCAGUUUUACCAAACAAGAAACAAGAGGAGGUAUCUUACGUGGAGUUUGAAGAGUAUUACGAGGGUUUGAGUCUCAGUGUGGCAGAUGACGAGGAUUUCUACAGUAUUCUCAGAAACACCUGGACUAUAUAGAACAGUCAUAUUAUACUUUAGGGGUGGGGGACAUAUAUAAAUUGCCAGCAAGUGAAACAUGUAACCUGCUCAUUGACUUUCUAUAGUAUGUUUCGAAAUAUGAAGACUAAGUGUUUUAUACAGUCUCAUCAAAUACAUAAACUGCAGUCCGGUAAAUACUAUGGCUUAUGUUUAUUUUUCUGAAAGUUUUAAUAAGAAUUUAGGAUUGUCUUUAAUGAUCAUUUUAGAAAUGACUAAAUAUAGAUGGAAAAAGUUGUCGGAACAAAACUGAGAACAGCAACACUUGUAUUUCAGAUAUCUUGGCUGAAGUAAUAAUAGAAACACAAGGUUAAAUUCCCCUUUAAUUUCUUUAUUUAGGUUGUAUAAAGCUCUAUUAAGUAUAUACAUUUCAAGUUUUGAUGCCUUUUAAAGCAUGUAUACUAUGUUAGUAAUGCAAGAAUAUUAUGUUAGAAAAAUGAUUUGGCUAGAGAAGUUUAGCUGUAAAGCUACAAGUGUUCUCAAGAUAGGUUAAUAUAAUAUAUACUCUGUUAGGUAAUAGAUUUAAUAGAUUGCCUUUAAAUGCUCAACUAAAUUAUGCCACCAAAAUAUUAUUGUGAAGCCUUAUUCACCCUUCAGUUAUCCUUAGUCCUAACUACCCGACUUAGUAUUUAGACCUUACAGCCACCAGGAUACAACUUCGCUCAAAAAUAGACAUUUUAUCGAAGGUCAUGUCUUAAAUGUUUAUCUUACAGAAACUAUGUUAGUUAACGUUGUUACUUUACUAGCAAAUUUUAUAUAACUGCAACACUCUAAAACUAUCUUUUCCCAUGGCCAUCUACGUUAAAAUGACUCCUCAGUUAAGCCAAAACAACCCAUAGCUUCAGGUUCUCUAGAAUUUAUUGAAUUACUUAAACUAUCUAGAUAAAGCUAGUAUGAUGUAGAAAGUGACAACAGUUUCUGUGUUUAGCAUGCAGUCAUAAGAUAACACUAGUUACCUUCAAACUUCAUACUCAUUUACAGUAAAAUGAUUUGAUUUUGUGGCCACACAAUUUUUAUGGUUCCAUCUAAAAUGGCUAUUUCAAUGGGAUAUAAAUUGUGGAUUUUGACCUUUGAACAUAAAGUUGGGAAUUUUAUUGCUUUGUUAGGUUUAAGUUCAUGGAUACUCAGCCACAAAAUCCAUGAAAAUUAUGGAUAUCACAGUAUAUGUAUAUAAAGAUCUUUAUUUGUUUCAUAUGUCAAUAAUUUACUGGUAUGACUGUCUCUGUCUCAGACUUUUACUGAAGCACAAGUUAACUUUGUUUCCUGGUUUUCCUAGGCUGGUGGUUUUAGCCUUUUCACUUACAGUCUGGUCUGGUGUCUUGUAGACAGCAUAUAUUUAUUUGUAAAAAAUUGUGUGACAGGCCAUAUUUCUAUACAAACUUACAGCAUGAAAGUAGUAUUUUAAGAUUUGCCUCGGUAGUUUUAUCAGAAUUUUAUUAUACAUACAUAUCAGAGAUGUUUGCAUAUCAUUUAUUUGUUGUUUACAUGUGCUCAUUGUAUAAUCUGUGACAGUAAUGCAGAUUUCUUGGUAUAACCUUGUUUCUAAAUAGUUAUUGAUGUAUUCAAAAAUGUCACACUUGUAAAAAGUAUAGGUUGUUUUGCUCAUUGUGUGUUGACCAAUAGACAAGUUGCUUUCCUAUCUCUCGCCAGGGAACGCUUGGGCUUGUAAUGGUUAGAUUGAAAAGUACAGUUGCCUGGGGUCAUUAUUUUUUGUUAAGUAGGUCAAUGGUCAGUUAAUCAAUAAAGAAUCUUAUAUCCUGCUGCCUUCAGUUCAUAAGAUGAUUGCAUAUGGUCAUCAAAUGUAAAGACAUGUCACAGUGACCUUGAGAAUGAAAAUGGUUCCCCUCAAUAACUAAAUAAUGUUUUUGCCUACAGUAGUCGAACUUCAUAGGAUAAUUGCCUGUGGUCAGUAGAUGACCCCUAUUGUGUUAGGGGUCAGUAGGUGAAAGGUCAAGGCAACUGACCUCAAGGCUUAAAUUGAUUUCUGAUCAAAAUCUGGCCUAUGACUUUAAAACACAAAAUAGCAUUUGCCAGUAUGACCCCAGUUGUUUUUGAGGUCACAAGGUCAAAAGUCAAGGUCACAGCAUUCAAAAUUGUAUUAUGCAGUUGCCUCCAAAAAACAUUUUAGAGGCAUUUGUGUUGUACAAACAAUUCUUGUUUUAAAACAAUUUCUUUAUUAAAGGAAAUACUGAAUCUGGGUUCAGUUCCUCUGUCAUUUUAAUAAUUCUCUGGAAUUUUCAUUCCCGACAUGGUUAAUAUGGUUUUUAUAAUAUAUUAUAUUUUAUGGUGAAUAUAUGAAAAAGGAGCCCAGAACUUGAUAGUUUAAGAACAAAAACUGUGGUUUUAAUAGUAGAAGGGGAGAUAUAUACCAGAGGCAAACUCUGCUUUAUUGUUUUAGUACAAAUUUUGUUGUUUAUGUAAUAGAUGGCUGUGAUAUAAAAGGAACAAUAAAUAUUGUAGAAACUUUUA